UUACAUUUAUAAAUGUAUACGUAUAUGAAUUGUUCCAUGAUUCAGAAGUAAAUUUCUGUACAUUUGUAUCUUCUGUUAUUAGAUUUUCUAUAUUUGCCAUCAGUAAAUACAAAAAAGCGAAUGAAAUGCCACCCAAAAAGGCACCUGCUCCCAGUAAGAAGGCGGAGCAGAAGAAGAAAGAGAAAGUUAUUGAGGACAAGACUUUUGGUAUAAAGAACAAGAAAGGUGCCAAACAACAGAAAUUUAUUCAGCAAGUAGAGAAGCAGGUAAAAUCAGGUGGUGUUAAUUCACGGAAAUUAGAAGAUCCUAAUAUUAAAAAACUUGAAAAAGAAAAAAAAUUAAAGGAGCAGAAAGAAUUAGCUCUCAUAUUUAAACCUGUGCAAACACAAAAGAUAGAUAAAGGAACUGAUCCUAAAUCAGUAGUAUGUGCAUUCUUUAAACAAGGACAAUGUACAAAAGGUGAUAAAUGCAAAUUUUCUCAUGAUUUAAGUAUAGAAAGAAAAGCAGAAAAACGUUCAUUAUACUGUGAUAUGAGAGAUGAUGAUAAAGAAACUGAUACUAUGGAUAAAUGGGAUGAAGAUAAAUUGAAAGAAGUUGUUGAGAAGAAGCAUGGCAGUGGUAAUCGUCCAACUACAGAUAUUAUUUGUAAACAUUUCCUAGAAGCAGUUGAAAAAUCAAAAUAUGGUUGGUUUUGGGAAUGUCCAUCGGGACAAAAAUGUAUCUACAGGCACGCAUUACCACCAGGUUUUGUCCUUAAGAAAGAUAAAAAGAAAGAAGAUAAAAAGGAUGAAAUUUCUUUAGAAGAUUUAAUUGAAACAGAAAGAGCCAAUUUGGGACCAAAUCAAACUAAAAUAACAUUAGAGACAUUUUUGGCAUGGAAAAAGAGAAAACUAAAAGAAAAGAAAGAGCAAGCACUGAAAGAUGAAGAAAAAAGACGAAACGAUUACAAAGCUGGACGUCAAGUUGGUAUUUCUGGCAGAGAAAUGUUCUACUUUAAUCCAGAGUUGGCAGCUGGAGACGGCAUUGAUGAUGGAGAUGAAGCAAUAUCUAGUUAUGUACGUGAGGAAGAUGAGACUGAAGAGAAAGUAGAAUAUAGAGAACUCGACAUGGACAGACUCGCACUUGAAGCUAGUGAAAUAGAUACUUCUGGAAUAACUGUAGCUGGUGCAGAUCGGUUGAAAAAUAAUAAAGAUAUAAAUAACGAAAGCGGCUCCACUGUUACCGUUGGUGAAGGUGCAGCUGCAUUAGCAAUUAAUGAAAACCUAUUUAAAGAGGAAGAUUUAGAAGGCUUAGAAGAAGAAUUAGAAGAUUUAGAUUUAGAAGAGUGAUUCAAAUAUCAUGUUCAAAUUCUUCCUUUUACUCAGUGUCUUCUGUAUCUUUACAAUAUAUGUAUUAUUAAAAUAUUAUACAUACAUUUACUAGUUCAAAAUGUAA